AGUGGCUCAGGCGACAUGGUCGCAGGCGCGCCUGUGGGUUUCGUCUACACUAGUCGUCGUCGAGAGGCGCGGAGGCAACGCCGUGUGGUCGCCAUCGCCAUCGCCUUCCUCCUCCUCCUCCUCCGCCGCCGCGCGCUUCCUCGCCACCGCGCGCCCAGGGCCAUCGGCGGCGGACGCCCUCGCCCACGCGCGCGAGAGAGGGGGGCGAGAGAUUAUCGGACGAGUCGCUUUGCGGAGCUUUCUAGAAUGGUGGACUGGGCUUCAGAUAGCGACAAUGAUAAGUUCGAGUGGGACACAGACGGUGAGGCUGAGACCUCAUCUGCCCCGGCCCUAAGGAACAUAGAUGCUCCUGGUCCGUCCACGAGGCUGCCGCAGGAUGCAAAUGGGAAGGCCAACGGGUCAGGUGCUUUGGUUGCUGAAUUUAUGGGAAUGGGAUUCCCAAAAGAAAUGAUCUUGAAAGCGAUUAAGGAGAUUGGGGAUACAGAUACAGAGCAAUUGCUUGAGUUACUUCUGACUUAUCAGGCAAUAGGCGGUGACGCUUCAGUGGGUAACUGCUCUGCUUCGGCCUGUGCCCCCCAGACUCUUGAAGUCGACGAGGAGGAGGAUGAUACUAAUUGGGAUGAAUAUGAUACUGCUGGCAAUUGUGACAGGACUCCUCACUCUGAUGGUUCUGGUGACGAGGAUUUCUUUCAAGAAAUGUCAGAGAAGGAUGAAAAAAUGAAGUCCUUAGUCAACAUGGGUUUUCCUGAAGAUGAAGCAAAGAUGGCUAUCGAUAGAUGUGGUCUCGAUGCGCCUGUAGCAGUGUUGGUUGAUUCAAUCUAUGCAUCACAGGAAGCAGGAAAUGGUUACUCUGCAAACUUAUCUGACUAUGAGGAUACAGAGUUCAGUUCCUUUGGAGGAAGAAAGAAAACAAGAUUUGUGGAUGGAAGCAAGAAGAGAAAGCGGUAUGGAAGUGGGCCAUCUGGGAAUCAAGUGCCGUUUGAUGGCAGCCACGAAGAGCCCAUGCCUCUUCCAAAUCCAAUGGUGGGAUUCAGCUUGCCCAAUGAGAGGUUAAGGUCAGUCCACAGAAAUCUUCCUGACCAAGCUCUUGGGCCACCAUUCUUUUACUAUGAAAACGUGGCCCUAGCUCCAAAAGGUGUAUGGACAACCAUCUCAAGGUUUUUAUAUGACAUUCAGCCUGAGUUUGUGGACUCCAAGUACUUUUGUGCUGCUGCCAGGAAGAGGGGUUAUAUUCAUAACCUGCCGAUUGAGAACAGGUCACCUGUUCUCCCAAUGCCUCCCAAAACAAUAUCUGAAGCCUUUCCUAAUACCAAGAGGUGGUGGCCUUCCUGGGAUCCAAGGAGGCAGUUCAACUGCUUGCAAACUUGUAUGGCAAGCGCAAAGCUUACAGAGCGAAUUCGUUGUGCUUUGGGUAGAUUCAGUGAUGUACCAACUCCACAAGUUCAGAAGUAUGUCUUGGACGAAUGUAGGAAAUGGAACCUAGUUUGGGUCGGAAAGAAUAAGGUCGCUCCUCUAGAGCCUGAUGAGAUGGAGUUCCUGUUAGGGUACCCUAGAAACCACACUAGGGGAGUUAGCAGGACGGAGAGGUACAGGGCUCUCGGGAAUUCAUUCCAAGUUGAUACAGUAGCAUACCAUCUCUCUGUGCUGAGGGACCUGUUUCCCAAUGGAAUGAAUGUCUUAUCCCUGUUUUCUGGUAUUGGAGGAGCAGAGGUAGCUCUCCACAGACUGGGGAUACAUAUGAAAACAGUGAUCUCUGUUGAGAAAUCAGAAGUGAACAGAACGAUUCUGAAGAGCUGGUGGGAUCAGACACAAACUGGAACGCUGAUUGAAAUCGCCGACGUGCGGCAUCUUACUACUGAAAGAAUUGAAACAUUCAUCAGAAGGUUUGGCGGUUUUGACCUGGUGAUUGGUGGCAGCCCGUGCAACAACCUUGCUGGCAGCAACCGCCAUCACCGAGAUGGUCUGGAGGGCGAGCACUCCGCGCUCUUCUACGAUUACAUUAGAAUAUUAGAACAUGUAAAGGCUACCAUGUCAGCAGUCUAGUUUAAGCUAUCACAUUAACUAACUCUGUGAUUUAUUGUUGUUAACGAAGUUAGAACCUGUUGAUUGAUAUUGCUGAACCUGAUGUGAUGUUAUUGCACUCAAACAGGAGUGUUUUUUCCCCUUCAUGUCAUGAUUAUAUGUUUCGGUUUUUGCGGCGGUACGUGAUGCUUUGCAAUGUUCCCCCAAUUUUAGUAGUACUUGCAGUUCUGGUGCUAAAGAUAUGAAGAUUGUUGAUUGCUGAAGUUUAUGAAAGUAUUUAUGAUUCGAUGGUGCAAUCUGCCGUGAUAUUAUUGCCCUCAAAUAAGGGUAUUUCUUUCUUCAUUUCAUGAUUGUAUAUUCUGGUGUUUUUGUGGCAACCCUGUUGUAAAUUGGUUUGUGCACAAAAACAGAGUUCAAAAACAACUGUUGGCCCCAACAAAUAUCAGAAUCUGGGAAGCAGAACAGAAAAGGACAGUGCUGUACGCUUCAGCCACUCCCUUCCGGUGAAGAGUUGCUCACCACAUUAUGUUCACCUAACAAAAAUAUCCCACUUCAACUGGCAGAUAUCCCACCACAGCUCUUCCAAGGCUCCAACCCCAAAUCCAAGCCAUAAAACCUUUGCAACAACCAUGAGAGCUAAGCUUCCAAGCUCUGAAUUUUCAGGAUGUUGAUGCCAGCUUCUGCUCAGAUCCCUCAUCACACAAUACGUCCUGUUGCAAGUUACUUAGUUCUGCAUCGACGGCGCCGGCACAAGUCUGACCGGCGUUUUAGAUUGCAGGGUCCUACGAGGAGGGUGGUCUUUUGCACUCGCAGUGUGCUAGGUUCCAGCAAUGGCGCGCCAUCUGGUGGCCUUGUCAAGAAAAGGUGUGCGACUCCGUAUUUUGCACUGCUAGAAAGAUUGUGGAGCACAUCAUUCUGCUUAGAGCCAAGCCAAAUAUCUCGGACGCUGAAGAAAAGGACAUGCUAGAUUACUUGUAUACUUCUCAGUAUCAGAUGAGAGGGAUUCUAGCUGUGUCAUUAGGGCGCAUAGAGGAUCCCAACACAGAGAACUUUACGCAUGCUGUUUUGAUGCGUUUUCAGCAGAAAGACGACAUUGCAAAGUUCCACAGUAGUCCCUACUACUACAAAAUUCUCGAUGAGCACGUAAAACCCGUUUCAUAUGUACGCCUCAGCAUAUUUUGAAUCUGAAGUUGAAGAUGACAUUAUCCCUCUCUUCCGUCGGGGAGAGGAUUUUAACUAUGGAGUGGAGUUCAUGCUACUGAUAUCUUUCUUGGAAAGUGCAUCUGGAGAUUCAGUGGAGGAUGCAUUAGCUUCUCUUCAGAGGUUCAUCAGUCAAUGCAGUUCUUUCAUUGUUCAGGCAACCUUAGGCUGCUGUCUGAAUCAUAUGGACAGUGGUUACAGUCAUGCUGCAGUUAUCCGUUUUCCGUCAUUUGAUGACUUCAAGAUAUUCAGGGAGGGGAUGGAAUACAAGGAUAUGUGGGCAUCAACAUUUCAACCGAUUGUGGAGAAAUCUCUUGAGCUACACUUCACAGUUGAUCCCGUGGGUAACCAGCUGAUGUAGAUUCUGAGCACCUGACAAAAUAUUCAGUCCUGGAUUGGACGUAUAUAUUGUUGGUAAACUCCUGAGUUGCUGAUGAGGGAAAAGUAUUGAAAUGAAAUCUUGAGGUUUUACAUAGGCGAUUGUGUUCAUCACAUAAACGCCUUCCUUUUCCUUGCCCGGAAUGCAAGAACGAGAGAUACCUUGAAAAUGUUUUAUCCUGUCAUGAAUGUACCUCAAUCGCAAGAUGUACAGUGUGGUUGGACCGGCUGGUUGGUUAAUUAUAUUGGUCCUGACAUGUUCCUAUCCUAAUUAAUCUCCUGUUUGUGGGGAAAACGAA